UUGGAUCUCUGUUCCAUCGCUUUCUCAGGAGAAAUUCCCAGUUCCAUAGGUCAUUUGAAGUCUCUUAACACCCUAGGUCUUAGGGGUUGCAAUCUUCAUGGAUCGCUUCCUCUAUCUUUGUGGAACCUCACUCAACUAACCUUUUUGAGCCUGCCAUACAACAACCUUAACGGUGAGAUCCCAUCACUACUCUCAAAUCUUAAACAUCUCACUUCCUUUGAUCUUCAAUCUAAUAAUUUUACUGGUCACAUCCCGGAUGUGUUUGCCAAGUUUAUCAACUUAGAAUUUUUUUCACUUUCCAGCAAUAACCUGACAGGCCAAAUUCCAUCAUCAUUGUUUAAUCUAACACAACUUUCUCACUUAGAUUUGGCCAAUAAUAAAUUAGUAGGCCCCGUUCCUAGUAAAAUCACUAAACUUUCAAAAUUAAGUCUUCUAGCUUUGGCUUUUAACAUGUUAAAUGGAACAAUUCCGCAUUGGUGUUAUUCUUUGCCUUUGUUGACAGAGUUAGAUCUUAAUGACAACCAGCUCACGGGGUCAAUUAGUGGAUUCUCAACUUAUUCUUUGAAAUAUUUGUUUUUCUCCAAUAACAAACUUCAAGGUAAUUUUCCUAAUUCAAUAUUUGAUUUGGAAAAUAUUACCGACUUAGGUUUGUCAUCAACUGAAUUGAGUGGUCUUGUAGACUUCCACCGUUUUUCAAAGUUUAAAAAUCUAAUCUUCCUUGAUCUUUCUCACAAUAGUUUUCUCUCUAUUAACUUUCAUAGCAGUGUUGACUACUUCUUAUCCAACAUUGACGUUUUAUAUUUAUCUUCCUGUAAUAUGAGCACUUUUCCUAAAUUCUUAGAACGAGUUCAAAAUCUGCAAGAAUUAGAUCUUUCUAAUAACAAAAUUCAUGGAAAAAUUCCCAAAUGGUUUAAUGAGAAGCUCUUACUCUCGUGGAAGGACAUUCAAUAUAUUGAUCUCAGUUUCAACAUGUUGCAAGGAGAUCUUCCAAUUCCACCGUAUGGCAUUCAGUUCUUUUCAGUCUCAAAUAACAACUUGACAGGAGACAUUUCUUCAACAAUUUGCAAUGCAAGCUCCCUCUCUAUGCUCAUCUUGGCUCACAACAACUUCUCAGGCAUGAUUCCACAAUGCCUGGGAACAUUUCCUUCUCUUCGGGUGUUGGAUUUGCAAAUGAACAACCUUUACGGAAGAAUACCUAGAAACUUUUCUAAGGGAAAUGCGUUUGAGACUAUAAAGUUGAACGGCAACCGAUUGGAGGGACCUUUACCACAGUCUUUGGCCCACUGCACAGGACUUGAAGUUUUGGAUUUUGGAGAGAAUAACAUAGAGGAUACAUUUCCCAGUUGGCUUGAAACCUUACAAGAGUUACAGGUACUUAGUUUACGAUCAAAUAAACUUCAUGGUGUCAUCACUUGUCCCAGCACCAAGCAUCCAUUUCCCAAGUUGAGAAUUUUUGAUGUCUCCAAUAACAAGUUUAGUGGCCCCUUGCCAGCGUCAUGCAUCAAGAACUUUCAAGGAAUGAUGAAUGUUAAUGAAGGCCAAACUGGUUUGAAAUAUAUGAGUCACUACAGAUCGUUAUACAGAUCAUAUAAUGAUUCAGUAGUGGUCAUAAUGAAAGGUGAGUAUAUGGAGCUAGUGAGGAUAUUAACUACUUUCACAACUAUUGAUCUAUCAAACAACAUGUUUGAAGGAGAAAUUCCAAGUGUUGUUGGAGAAUUAAAUUCUCUCAGAGGGCUUAACCUUUCCCACAAUGGAAUCACUGGUACAAUUCCACAAUCUUUGAGUAAUUUGAGAAAUUUAGAAUGGUUGGACCUCUCAUGGAACCAGCUGACAGGUGAGAUUCCCAUGGAUUUGACAAAUUUGAAUUUUCUCUCUGUCUUGAACCUUUCACAAAACCAGUUUGAGGGAAUCAUACCUACAGGGAGCCAGUUUAACACAUUUGAAAAUGAUUCAUAUGAAGGAAAUCCAAUGCUAUGUGGAUUGCCUCUGACAAAAUCAUGCAACAAGCAUGAAGAAUGGCCUCCACAUUCAACAUCUGAUCAUGGAGAAUCAGGAUUUGGCUGGAAAGCUGUAGUAGUGGGAUAUGCAUGUGGGAUGGUAUUUGGAAUGCUCUUGGGAUGUAAUGUGUUCUUAACUGGGAAACCUCAAUGGCUUGCGAGACUUUUUGAAGGGAUGCUUAAUGAAAGAGUGAAAAGGACAAGCAACAGAGCCCGUGCAAACCGUAGAGGAAGAAAUUAGUUUGAUACGGUUUCUUUUUUAAUGCAUAUAUGCAGUUUUCUGUAAUUUUAACUUCUCUGUUUGAGGAAU